AUAAACAAUGAAGAAAAGAAUAGUAUGUUAUCUGAAAAUGAAGGUAGUGUAUGUGCCUUAUAAUUGUAAGUAUUUGGCCGGUGAGCGGCGCUAGGGCGUUUGGCGGUGUGUGGCAAGUGUGCUCUUCCCGCGAGCAUUCUGGCGCCCCGUGUUUACAGUCUAGGUGGGCUCUCGGGGGAACAGGGAGGAGCCAGUGCUGUAUGCUUAUAAAUGGAGUGUGAAAUGGAACAGUAACUGUCAAAUGCCAAAAAAAUGUGAUGCUCUCUUGUAUUUCUGGUGUUCACCCAGUCAAUAGUUUUGUCAGAGUGGGCUUAGUGGAGCCUUGACAACCUAGUGUGUACUUUAUUUAGUGGUAAACCGUAUAAGAAAUCGUCAAGAUGGCCGACUUGGAGGCAGUGCUGGCUGAUGUCAGCUAUUUGAUGGCUAUGGAGAAGAGUAAAUCAACUCCAGCAGCGAGGGCAAGUAAGAAGAUCAUUUUGCCAGAUCCCAGUGUGAGGAGCGUGAUGCACAAACACCUGGAGAAGAUGGGUGAGGUUAACUUCGACAAGAUUUUCAGCCAGAAGAUUGGUUACCUUCUCUACAAAGACUUCGUAGAAAACGUGUGUGAGGAUCCUGUCCCUCAGCUCAAGUUUUACGAGGAGAUUAAGGCCUAUGAGAAGAUUGAAAAUAAGGAGGAAAGAAGAAAAGUAGCGAAGGACAUUUACGAUAAUUUUAUAAUGAAGGAAUUAUUAUCUAACUCACAUGCCUAUAAUGAAGAGUCAGUCGCUUUUGUACAAAAACACCUCGCCAAAAAUGAAGUUCCAACAGAUCUAUUUGAACCUUACAUAGAAGAGAUAUUUGCACAUUUAAGAGGAGAUUUGUUCAACAGAUAUGUUGAAAGUGAUAAAUAUACGAGAUUCUGUCAGUGGAAAAAUUUAGAACUGAAUAUACAGCUGACUAUGAAUGACUUUAGCGUUCACCGAAUCAUUGGACGCGGGGGUUUUGGAGAAGUAUACGGGUGCCGCAAGGCAGAUACGGGCAAGAUGUAUGCCAUGAAGUGUCUUGACAAGAAGAGGAUCAAGAUGAAGCAGGGGGAGACAUUGGCGUUAAAUGAGCGUAUCAUGUUGUCACUAGUCAGUACAGGGAUUGAUUGCCCUUUCAUUGUGUGUAUGACGUAUGCCUUUCAUACUCCUGACAAGUUGUGCUUCAUACUAGACCUUAUGAAUGGAGGAGACCUACAUUACCACCUAUCACAGCAUGGUGUUUUCAAUGAGCAAGAAAUGAGAUUCUAUGCUGCUGAAGUUAUAUUAGGGCUAGAACAUAUGCACCGUCGGUAUAUUGUUUACCGAGAUUUGAAGCCAGCGAAUAUACUUCUAGAUGAGCACGGCCAUGUCAGGAUAUCAGACUUAGGGUUGGCUUGUGAUUUUUCAAAAAAGAAGCCACAUGCAUCAGUAGGGACUCACGGGUACAUGGCACCAGAGGUGCUGAGCAAGGGUACCGCUUAUGACAGCUCAGCUGACUGGUUCUCAUUUGGGUGCAUGCUGUACAAGCUGCUCAAAGGUCACUCUCCCUUCAGGCAACACAAGACACGAGACAAACAUGAGAUAGACCGCAUGACCCUCACCAUGAAUGUUGAGCUUCCUGAAACGUUUACACAAGAGCUUCGAAGUCUAUUAGAAGGGUUACUUCACAGAGAUGUAGAUAAAAGGCUUGGCUGCAAAGGAAGAGGAGCUGAUGAAGUGAAGGAACAUGCAUUUUUCGGAGGCCUUGACUGGCAACAAGUAUAUCUGCAGAAGUACCAGCCUCCUCUUAUUCCUCCCCGAGGAGAAGUCAAUGCAGCUGAUGCUUUUGACAUUGGCUCUUUUGAUGAGGAAGACACUAAGGGCAUUAAGCUGACUGAGGCAGACCAGGAGUUGUACAAAAACUUCCCAUUGGUGAUCAGUGAGCGGUGGCAGACAGAGGUGGCAGAGACUGUGUUUGAGACAGUCAAUCAGGAAGCUGACAAAGUAGAACAUAAACGACGAGCAAAGCAUAAAAUUAAGUUUGAUGAAGAAAAAGAGUCUGACUGUAUAAUUCAUGGCUACAUCAAGAAGCUCGGUGGACCAUUUACUUCAGCAUGGCAGACCCGGUAUGCGAAGCUUUACCCAAACAGGGUUGAACUCCACUCAGAGUCAAGCUCAGGGAAACCAGAACUCAUAUUUAUGGACCAACUAGAUGAUGUGUCCUCGGACUUUGUGCAAAUUAAAGGGGAAAACUGUAUAGUUUUGAAAACCAAAGACAGCAAGAUCAUUCUAACAAAUCCUGAUGAAAUUGGUCUGAAGGAGUGGUCAAUAUCUUUACGUUCAGCACACAAAAUGUCUCUGGAGCUGCUCAGCAACAUGGCGAAGAAGGCUGGCAGGAUUUAUGGUACUGAGGGAAACAACAAGCCUUCUUUAAUGGCUCGAAAUGGCAAUGGAAAUUGAGCAAAUAGUGUGAAAUUUUAUGUUAGUGAAGUACCUUGACACAACCAACAGAUUCUCAAAGUAAACAAGCUGUGUUAUGGUAUAGACAAAAGUAUUUCCUCCAAGGUGAAAAAUGACAUUUGAGUAACCACAGAGGAGAGAAAACUACCUUGUUACCUUAAGAAAUUGUAGAAAAGUGUGUUUGUGCUGUAUAUUUGUAAGGAUAAAGUAUAUGAGUGUGAAGAAAUAUAAAGCUUCCAUUUCAUGCACUAUAGAAAUGGAAGCAAAACUACUUUGACAAAGUAUGAUUUGAAAGAAAAAAUACAAUGUGAGAAGACUGCAAACUACCCUGCUCCAGAAAUGAUUUACUUUGAAAGAAAAUCAUUCCAUCAGAUUCCGUAAUGAAACUGACUCUUAGGAAAAUGAUAUUUUGCUAUGAAGCUAAGAAGGAAAACUACAGAAGUUACAUCAGAAAUGAGACGGAACUGCAAAACAUACACCAGAAGUAUGAUUGAAUUAACUUCUUUGUUUGACUGCUGGCUUCACUUGGCUUGGUAGUGUUCCAUUGUUGCAGACAGAAAAACUGAAAAAAAAACUUAUACUGUAAUCAGAUAUUUGAAUAUGGGAAAGCUAUUGAGAAAUUAUAACUUACUUUCAGCAUCUCCCAUAUUGCUUAUAGUAUCCUAAAAUACACUCAUCAGUCUCAAUUUUAUUUCAGGUAAAUGCACAUGAUGCAUUACCCUUUGGAAUUUUUUAAAUGUUCACAAGUAUAUUUUUGUGCUAGAUGAUAGAACUGAGUGCUUAGAAUUAAUUGUUUAACUUCCACUGUGAUGAUGUCUUACGUGAGCCUGUCUUUGAAUGAGGUGAAGAAUAAUUUAAUGUGUUGCCAGUGACAACAUGAACAGUAAACCCCUAUGGUGGACCUGUUGCCAGCGUCUGUCGUUGAAACUAAAGAGUCAACUUUGGUGUUGGUAAAAAAUAAUAGAAUUUCAAUGUG